CACAGCAGGAGGAGGAUGAGCCAGGAGGAUGCAGCACUUUUUGCCUCUGUUGUUAAGCAGGCUUCCCCUAAUCCAUCUUCUGAAGCAUCUGAAAGGUCGUGUCCCGUAUAAGGGCAAAAGAGACCUGAGAUGCUUCCCAAGAUGGAUCGGGGUGAGCUCUAAUGUCGAGCUAACCCAGAUUGCGCAGGCAGAGAAGAAACUAAACGGACCAGACUGCUCCAUCAAGUCGUGGCUAUCUAUUAAGGCUACAAGAAAUCCAUCUUCACAGGCAUCUUGGUCCCGUUUUUAAAGGGAAAACGAGACCCAAGAUGCUGCUCAAGAUGGAUUUCUCUUAGUUCUAAAUCUAGAAGUUCCUUGCACGACCACGAUAGCCCGUUUGGGAGUAUACAAAAAGCCGCUGUGGUACGGCGCCGCCAAAAUCACAUGGCUGAAAUUGCAAAAGCAUCCGGGGAACGCCUGACCCGACGAAAGAACAGGAAACAAGGUGGAGAUGAAGCGCCGUCUUCAGUUUCUCCUUCAACGGUGUCUCCUUCCUCACCAGGUAACUCUCCUUCUGGACACCGUCUCUCUGAAGACGCAUCGAAGUGUUCCACAGUCGUGGCUCAACAUCCCAAACACCACGAUGCAGAGUCUCUUCGAAAAAUGGUUAAUCGGUUGUACACGCCACGGAAGCCACCUGAAGAUACUACUAGAAGUAGUGCCCCCACGUGGUCAUCUCCAACUAGCAAGAUCAGCAGCGCCGAAGCAGACGAUGGUACUAAGAAAAAGAAGAAAAAAAAUACUUUCU